AUGGCGGAUGCGGUGCUUUCUGCAGUUGUUGAUGAGCUUAUUGGCAGAUUGACCGUAAGAUGGGGAUUGCAACUGCGACUUCAGCUGAUACGGCUAGAAGACAAAUUGAGUGUUAUGUUUGAUGUAUUGUACCAUAUAGAUUCCUUGAAAGGACCAAGCCAAGAUAUGAGUAACUGGGCAGAAGAAGCAAGGGAUGUUGUUGGCGCCAUAGAGGCUUUGAUGGACAAUCUCAUGAGCAAAAGAGGUAGGAGGAUCGGGGCAAAUUUAUUGAACAGACCUGCCUUGUAUUUCACUGAUAUAUUUCUUGAAUUCCAGUUUAGACCCAAGGUAAACCGCUACUUGUUGCGUAUCAAUGAUCUGUUAGAUAGAAAUGAUUUCCGUAAUAUUGAAGUGUCCAACUCCAUGACUCAAAGAAGCAAUCAAUAUUCUAAGGAAACUGUUGUCAUCGGCUUUGAGGAGCAUGUAAAUGAAAUAACGGAAAGGUUGCUCUCACUUAAUGAACCACGUCGCUGCGUCAUUUUUAUUGUGGGAAUGGAAGGCUCCGGUAAGACAUUCCUUGCAGAAUCAAUCUAUGUCAAUAAUGCUGCCCAUUUUCAUACUCAUGCUUGGGUUUCUAUAUCUCAAGAGCAUAGUGCUGAAGAUAUUCUGCAAGACAUAAUGGAAAAAGUAAUAGGAUCUGAUCAUCAAGAACUAAAAGGGAAGCAGAGCCUUAAAGAAGAACUAAAGCAAAUGCUUCAGAAUUUCUUGAGAGAAAAGAGGUACCUCAUAGUUCUGGAUAAAAUCCCCACAUCCGGAGUCUGGGAUGAUCUCGAAGAUGCAUUCCCAGAUCAAUCAAAUGGGAGCAGAAUCAUGAUCACUACUCGGGACAUGGAUUUGCCUCUGCAUGCUGACUCAGGAAUCAUUCCUUACAAAAUGCAAUUGCUAAGUACUGAUGAGAGUUGGACAUUAUUUAAAAAUACUUUGAGGAUGGACAUCCCCCAAGAACUGGAAGAAGUCGGAAGAAAAAUUGUGAUUUGCUGUAGUGGUUUGCCACUGACAAUCAAAAAAAGGGCGGAACAGCUGUCAGAUAAAGAAGCAACCAAAGAGGAAUGGACAAGGGUGCUAAACGAGCUCAAAGGAGACCCAGGACCUUGGUCAGAAAUAUCAAACAAGGUCCUUGGGGAAUCUCCCCUAGAAUUGAAAAGAUGUCUACAAUAUUUCCUCUUAUUCCCCGAAGAAUUUGAGAUCCCUGCCAGAAGAUUAAUCAGAUUGUGGGUUGCUGAGGGGUCUUUGUUUAGACUAAAAAGGGACGACGAAUUUUCUGAAAAUAAGGCUGAGAAUUUUCUGAUGAAGCUGAUAGAUUUGAACAUUGUUCAAGUAACAAAGAAGAAGCAGAAUGGUAAAGUCAGAAGUUGUCGUCUUCCUGUUGCAUUAAGGAAAAUCUUGUCAUUUGAAAGACCAGUCAACACAGCUUCCCAAUCAUCUUCAGGGCUUCAGAAGAAAGUUUGGGUUGUUGAUCAUUACAACAGCACAGAACCCAGCGAAACCAGCAAUCAUAUUCAUGGUGACAACACCGACAAUGCUACCCUGCAGGCCUCUUAUGAAAAAUCCCUAUCUUUUUUGUCCUUUGAUUUUCGAGAAGGAAGUCAGCCUGGGGAAGAGAUAGUAAACUUUCUUGAUCGGUGCAUUUCCUGCAGAUGCUUCCUAUGGCUGCGGGUGCUUGAUCUUGAACGUGUUUUCAGACCUCAAUUGCCAAAGGUACUGAGUAAGCUGGUUUCAAUGAGGUACCUUGGCUUGAGAUGGACUUACCUAGAGUCAUUUCCGUCAUCCAUAAGCAACUUGCUGGAACUUCAAACACUAGAUGUGAAGCACACUUACAUCAGUUCUCUCCCUCAAUCUAUUUGGAAGAUGCAACGAUUGCGGCACUUGUAUUUGAGCGAGAGUUAUCGCAGUAGAUUCGGACCUCGACCAAGAGGUGUCUCAUUAACAGACCUGCAAACUUUAUGGGGUGCAUUUGUGGAUGAGAAAAGUCCAGUAGAGGAUGGCUUGGACACGUUGAUCAAUAUUAGAAAAUUGGGUGUGGCAUGCCGGUGCAUGUCAAAUCAAGAGGAUGCAAAUCAUGCAAUGUCAUCGCAACUGAAAGCAGUGGCUGAAUGGAUUCAAAAACUAGAACAUCUUCAGUCUUUAAGGCUGAAAUCACAUGAUGAAAACAAUCAACCUUGGGAUCUACACUUAGAGUCUUUGAGAGGCCAUACAAAUCUCUCCAGUAUAUAUUUUCUUGGAAGGUUAAAAUUUCCAUCUAUCAUCUCUGAAUUUCCAGAGAACCUCAUUGAGCUUACCUUAUCAGCAUCAGCACUAACUGUAGAUCCAAUGCAGCAGUUAUAUGAGCUUCCAAAACUGAGGAUUCUUCGGUUAUUCUCUGGAUCUUAUGUAGGGAAGAAUAUGUGCUGCCCUCAAAACAGCUUUCCUCAGCUUCGAGUUCUCAAACUAUGGAAGCUAGAGGUACUGGAGGACUGGAUUGUGGAGAAAGGAGCACUGUCUCGUCUCAGAGAUUUAGAGAUCAGAUCCUGUCCAAGUCUAUAUAAUGCUCCUGAUGGAUUGCAGGGUGUUAAGACUCUCCAAGAAUUGAAACUGUCAAACAUGCCUACAGAGUUCCUGAAUCGGAUUGAUGAUAGUAAUAGUGGCUAUUGGGGAAAAAUAGCAUUGAUAAUCUUAUAA